AUGUUUAAUUUCUCCAACUCCUUUCCUUCUCCAAUCAAUGGCUUCCCUCAUUCUUCUGGUGUCUUUUUUGGUCACGAAAAAGAUGGUGUUCAUUUCAACCACCACCCAUUUAUCGCCGGAGAUUGCUCUUUUGAUCAUCUUCAAACUCCUUUACCCAUUAAAGCAUCAAGCAUACAAAAUUCCGAUAAUCGCAAUCAUCUGAAUCUUUCAGAAUCAGUGAAUUCUCCCUCUAGAAAGCGAGUUGCAGUUUCAAAGAAAGAUCGACACAGUAAGAUCUUCACAGCUCAAGGUCCCAGAGAUCGGCGGGUGAGAUUAUCAAUUGAGAUUUCAAGAAAGUUUUUUGGUCUUCAAGAUUUGUUAGGGUUUGAUAAAGCAAGCAAAACCCUUGAUUGGCUCUUUACGAAAUCGAAGUCCGCCAUUAAAGACUUGCUCGAAGAAAAGAAGCACACGUUAUCUCCUUCAACUCUUACUGAUCAAUGUGAAGAAGUUUUCAUGGAGAAAGGAGAUCAUGUCGAAAAGAAGGGCAAAAAGAAGAAACCAGUAGCUAAGUACGUUAAUGGCGGCAAAAGGAAGAAGAAAACAACACCAAAAAAUCCGAAAACUGGUUUCUCGAUGAAUCUUGCAGCUAGAAUCCAAAUCUUCUUGAUGAUCGUAAUUACUGCUAUCUUCAAUCACAAAGCAACCACGAACCCAAAAUUGGGGAAUCAUUCAUGGAACAAAAGCUUCCAAAGCCAUACUCACUUCUGUAUACUUCCCACAACUUUGUUGGAUCAAAAGAUUCAAUAUCCCAGUUUAAGAACAAUCUCCAUUGAUCUAGAUCUUGAAGAGCAGCCGGAUCUAUUACUGAUCACUGCAAAAGAUCUGGUCGAUGAUGGAGCGAGAUAUAUACCUUAAGGAUGUAAGUCCAUAAAUGUUGUUGAUUAAACAGUUAAUCCAUUUUACUAUUUAUUUUUUAUGCCUUUUGAGUGUUUGUAACUUUGAUCUAUCUACCAAUAUAUGACACUCGUGAUAUGUACG